AUGAAACUUUUUAACGUUUUGAUGUUAAUUUUUUCAAACCUUUCAUCGACAUAUGGCCAAGGCUAUUUUCCGAAAUUAGAGGAUCUUGCUGUACUAAAACCGAUCACUUCUUCUUCAACAUGUGGAGCAACAUCUAGUAAAUAUUGCCAGUCGUUGACUAAACAGACGUCUUUGACGAAUUGCGUUGAAAAGAACUGUGAAUUUGCUUGUUGUACAAAUUGUGGUUCAGCCAAGCCUGUUCCCACAGAUUUAGCGCUUACUUCAAAUAAAGUUGGAGUCACUCAAGAUGGCGAUCCGAGGAAUGGAACUAUUGUCAGAUCAUUCCGAUUUCAAGGGAAUUCAUCCCUACAACCUUUAAGGAUUCCAUUUAUAGACUUUCAGAAUCCUGGGUUCUCUAUAAGCGUUUGGAUUAAACAGAAGACAGGAAACAAAGGGUAAGUUUUAUGUUACCAUGUUAAGGUUACUUUCCAGCUAAAGGGGAGAGGAGGUGAGAGGGGGCACAUGAAUCGACGUUAAAAUCAAUUGUACUCCUUCGUAAAUCGGUUUUUUUUUUUGAGCUCGAUGCAACUCUUUCCGAUUAAUUUCAGUAAUCAAUCAUAAAAUUUUAAGCACGAAAUUAAUUAGCUCAAUGCGACUUUGAGCAAACUUUGGAAAUCGUUACGGACUUCUUCAUGAUAUUCUGGAGAAAAUAAAUCUAAAAUCUUGAACGGGGCUACGCUACGUCCGAUAAAUAAGAGGCUGAAAAAUCCUCUCCCACCCCACCCCUCCGUCCCCUACACCCCCAAGCAUUUCAUUCUAGGUGAAGAAAGCUCAGAGAAAUUAAGGGUGUCUAAAUUAAUCGAAGAAACCUCCAAACUUGAAUAAAUUUCACAAAACUCGGCCCACAAAGCCACCUGAUAAAGUUUGGCAACGUGAUGGUCAUUUAAGUGCGAUAGUCUUCAACUUUCGAAUCUUCGUCAACCACUUCAUUCCAAAGAUUUGGCUGAAACCUGGCAGGAAGUUUUGCUCUAAGGUCGUAAUCACGAAAUGAAUUUUAAAAAGUUUCAGGUAUUUUUGCUUGGCCAAAAAGUGGGAAAGUGCACUUGGUUUGCCUAUACUUGCCCGCCAAUAUGGCGAAGGUGAUCUUUUGAAUUCAACUCGAGUCCUACAGUAAAGAUUUCUCAAAAUCUCGUGAUAUCCAUGAAACGAUCUUCCCUUCCUCUUAACAUUUAUUUAAAAAAAAUAUGGCAAAUAUCUGGUUUUGACAACAUGUGAUCCCAACGUUCUAAGGUCGCUUUAGGCCGCCUUGAACAGUGAAAAAUUUACCCCAACUUAGUAACAUAAUAUCUCAGUGUUACCUCGAUCCAGGAGAUACCACUUACUAUGAAGAACGUUUGUUCCUAGAUGAACAAGUUUCGUAAAUAAAAAAUGGGGGAAGUGAAACGGUCAAGGAAAAAAAAAAUCAACCUGUAAGGAUCUGGCUAUGUUUGGGACCUAGUCCUAAAAGCUCUAAGAUCAAUUCACCGAUCAGAAGUAAACAGUUUAAGUACAUUUAUCGUCCAGAAAGUUUCCUAAUACCAAGGAAAUAUCUUUUGAUUUGACAUAAAGGUAAUGAUAUUCCGCCCCCGGGGUGGUAAUUUGUUCAAAUUCCCUACCAAAGUUCACUUUUUUGAAAAAAAGGAAAACCCAGCGACCAUAACUUUCUACUCGUUUACCUAGCUUUAAAACUCUAGACCUCGUAGACCUUUACUUCUGGGACAUUCGCACGCGAAAAUGAAGUAUUUACUCCUCCAUAUUUUGCGAUAAAGCACGUAUAAUCCGCUGGAAAGACUUGACAUUUCCGGUACAAAUUUCCCACCCCAGCCAGGGAAGGUUCAGAUUUACCAUCCCCAGGGCACGGACGACAGUAAAAUACCCAUGGGUCGCCCGGAGGAAGGGGCUUGUUGAAGCUUCCAAUUCAUCGAUUCGUCAUUUCUUAGUAUCGCUUUCGCUCCUUAGCAUGUACUCCCUUCUUUGAAAACUUCUGUGUCAGGGGUAGGUAUUUGGUUCUAAAAUGAGAUGCGAAACACGACACCUAGUAAGACUUGAACUCAUAAAGGCACAAACCUAUUUAAGACUGAGAACAGUGCGAACUUGUAAGCUGUCUCAUCCUAAAAAAAAAGCCACAUGUGUCGUGCCCACGUCAUCGAAAAAUAAAUUAAUUAUGGUUUCGUGGCUCUUAGCUUUCGGGGGUCUUAGUUUUCGCAACAACCGACAGUUCAGUGAUGAACGACGAUUUAAUUCGAAUUAAUUGUUUCGUUUUUCAUACUGUUAAGGUUUAAAGCUAGUUUAGAGCCACUGAAAGAAGUUUUAAAAAACAUCCUUCACGAACAGUCUCUCAAAGCAAAAUAGAUCUUAGAGUAAACUCAAUUAACGAUUGCGUGCGCGUUCCCGCAAGGUGAUGUUUGUUUCAAACAACACUGGCCCGAUUUAUACUUGAGACGGAUCAUCUGUCUAGACAGAUCAUCUGUCAUACGGAUAAUCCGUCCAAGUAUAAAUCCGAAGACGAAUUUUGACGAAUAAUCUGUCUAGAUAUAAAUCGUUCGCGAGUUUCACGACGGGUGUCUCGGUGUUAAGCCGAGUGGAAGCCUGGCGAGAGCUUAAAUAUGGCGGCUCUCGUAGCCUUGUUGAUGAAAUCGAGAAGAACAGCAUUGGAUAUGGCGGUAUAUCAGAGAAGAAUAUCCUCUGUCAAGCGCAUGUUUGAGCCGGAAAAUAGCUUAAUGAACUUCAUGUUACCCUUUUCUCUCGCUAAUCUUGCUCAAGAUAGGAAGACAAGAAGUAGAGAUGAGAAAGAAACAAGAAAUGGUGGGAGGACGGCCUUCAAAACUGGUCGGAGUGAUUGCUUUCGAGGGCACGAUUACUUUACCGGACGCCAUCUUGAAAUAGGCAUCCUAGGAAACCUUGCAAAACUAUAGAAACCAGUCUCUCUCAUAUGGAAACUUCGUCAAAAACCGUCUUCGUUUUCCGUCUAGAUAAAAAUUUAGAGACGGAUGAUCCGUCUAAGACGAGCUAUCCGUCUGUUAGCACGUCCGCUGACAGACGGAUCAGCCUGAGACGAAUUUUGCUCCAUAAUUCGUCUUUAUACUGUUAUACGAAAUACGAAACUGAGAACCACUCAAAAACAUGAUGUAAUUUACGUAAUAUCUAAACCUUUGGCGUGACGAGUAGGAUUAACUGCAAGUGUAGCUUAUAGGCAUCAGAUUUGAGUAAGUCACCAAUCACCACCAAAUGAAGAGGUUGGAAUUCAGAAGAAUCUUUUCUUUUUUUCAAAAAUUUUCGCUCUCCCUUCCAAGCAUUAUUGCCGGAUCGAUUCUUUAAAUUCAUUCGGUAACCAAAUAUUUAUCCCGUUCCUGCAAUGUCGCUCAGAGAUAUUUGCUUUUGGUCAAAAUAAACAGAUACUUCCAUAAUAUCAAGAAAACUUCUGGAAUUUGCCUUUAUUCUGGACGAAUUAAGACUUAUACCCUGUUCACACCAACGAAACAUGUUUUGUUAAACUGGUUUUUACUGAAUAAAAAUCAUAAAUAGAGAGCUGAAAAAGUUAAUUUUCUAUAGGAUUCAAGUAUUUGCUCACUUGCAUUUCCAAUGUGCUAAAUUUAAGUCAAAAAAAUAUUCGGUUAAGUAGUUUCUACGAAGAAAAAAAAUUAAACCGUAAUUAACAAAACAACUUUAAAACAUGUUUAAGCUUUUGUGUGAAUGUGGUAUUAGACUUUAUUCCUGACCUAAGGAUAAGGAUUUUAGGAAAUCUUUACGACAGGACUCGAGUUGAAGUCAUAGGAACACUUUCGAUACGCCAUGUUGGCGAGCAAGUAUGAGCAGACUACGCCGGCUUUACUGAUUUUUUGCCGAGCAAAAACAACUGGAACUUUAAAAUACCAAUUUCGUGGUUAGGACCCUAAAAUCAGCCUUCAUGCUAAAUUUCAGCCAAUCGGUGUGGUUAAGUGGCCGCGAUUCUUUGAAAAAGUUCGAAAGUUACAGGCUGUUGCUAUUAAGUCUUACGUAAGGGGGUGUUUGAUACUUUCAUUAUACUCUGGGAAAAACAGCUGGACUUAGUUCUUUUUAGUACAUUUCGCAUAUAUGUAUCAUUUCCCUUUCUUACCUAUUCCUAUUUACUCAUCCCUUAUCACAGUUUUCGUUUUCUUGGCUCGUAUAAACAAGUCAAUUCUACAUAUACUCCUUUCAAGCUGGUUUUAUUUUCGAUAAUCCAAAAUUAUUCGGAAAGAUUCUAGCUUCCAUAUACAUACAUACUACUAUUAAUACUUGUUAUCAACCUUUUUUUAAUAGGACGAUCAUGUCUAAAGAUGAGACUACUCCUCCAAAUUUUGCCAAUGUCUUUCAACUUGUUAUCAAGGACUAUAACUUGAUGUUUUACUAUCGACUUUCCACUGGGAAUGCAUCAGUUGCUACAUACAACCUUCUGCAAAGCCAAAGUGAAAAGCUUCAACAGGAUGAGUGGCAUUUAAUAACUGUAGCAGUUAUUGAUAAAGCACUGUCAUAUUACAUUGAUGGUGAACUCAUGAAUGCAAAUUUUGUGACUCUGAGUGAUUACAUCAAUAACUCUGCUGGUGGUAUUCGAAUUGGACAGAAAUAUGGGGGUCAGUGACUAUUAUUUAGUUAAGGGCUUAGAGCCUCUUAAAGAUUAUCAAAGUCAUUAGCUCUGUCCAUGUAGUUAGCUCUGUAGUGCAAACGUCAACGUUUCCCGCUUGUCAUCAUGACAUCAUUAGGAAGAUAAUUAACAAUUAUUAAUCGAAGUGAGGGUCGCUAGUGGUAGGUAUUCAAUGAGCAGCGAAGCAGCGCGGUAAAUAUCCACCACCAACCACUGACACUGAACUAAAUAAUUGUUUAAUACUAAAACAGUGAGAUCAUAUAGAACACACAAAAAAUUAUUUUAGCUCAUUUAUUCCUGCAACGAUAACAAUGUUUUAGGCCGCAAAUCCCGCGUGCUUUGCUCGGAGGUAAUAGUUAACAAUCACUCCAUGAAUGCGUGUUGGAUAUGAGAUAAUAAAUCUACUGUUUUAGUAUAUACUAGCAAGAACACCUGAUAACGUGGAAUAAAUGAACAUAGGGUAUUGGCGAUGUCGAAAAAAUAAGAAAGAACGGUUAAUUUUCAGCUCAAAAUUCGCCGUUUUUCUAAUACCAACAAUGCAUGUGACGCUUUCGAUAUCGUUGGUCCCAGCAGUACGCAGCUAGGAUGCGUGCCACACAUGAAAUCAGUUAUGGCCCAACCAAUCGUAAGGUCUCUCUGGCUCAAUGAUAGCGCAUCGGAGCACCAAGAAUUUCUUUACCGUACACCCACGACAGCACAAAAAAGAAAGUUUUAUGCCAGGGUUAAAACAUAAUCAUCAACAGUUAACGAGAUAUUUUAUGCCUUUUUUUUUAAAUUACUUACUGGAAUAUAUUUAAGCUAUACUUUGAACUUAAAUAUAUUAUACUUUGGCUCUUUCAUUAAAGCAAAGUCAUGGUAAAAAUGAGAUAAAUAUAAAGACAUACUAUGAUGUUUUCCUCUAUCACAAAAAUUAAUCUAAAGAAAUUCCUCCAGGUGAUGCAGAGGGGCAGUAUGAAGGCCUGAUGCAGGAUAUCUUCAUGUAUGACAGAGCUUUGACCAACAGGUAGGUACACCAGCUGAGAAGUAAGAUUGUUCAUAACUCCUGGUUCUGAGUAAGUAUCUUCCUUGCGACGCAAAAUAAAUGAGAAUUAUUAUAACGACUGUGCACAUGCAUUAUACUUUUAUAUUAUACUUUUUUUCCCAAGCCUUCCUAUGUCAAAAAGACGAAGUUAAUCAAUACGUUAUCGGUUUUUGUAAUUAAAAAAAGUUAAGUAUAUAAAAAACAUCCGCUGACCUUGUCUAUUUCAGGUGAUGCAGAACUCUUCUUAUCCACCACAGAAAAACGCAGACUCAAACAAGCUAAGAAAUGUAUUGGUUAAUCACAUCAAGUUUUUGCGCACUUUUAUUUCAGUUCAGUUUAAAAUAAUAAGAUGCACCCGUCUCAAAAUCAUUUUGCCUGGUUAAACGUAUCAUGCACCAACUUUGUUGUGAUAGUUUUCAUGACACAUAUGAAAGGAGAGUAUCUUGUUUAACAUGUGUUGGAUGUUAUUUCUUCUCGCCGAAAUGAUUACUGUUUUCUAUCUAGGGAAGCGAUAGAGGCAUUCACAGGUGUCCUUCCAACAGUUUAUGUUGCUAGUAAUUGUCGAUGCCCACCCACUCAUCCAAAAAUAAAUGUUGCUGAACCAGCUAAGUGUCUGAAAAACUUAGAUGGAGACACUGACACAGUAUCCAGGCUAAACGACACAGCUCAUCCACCUGAGUUUGCCACUGAUGGUGACUCACUCAGUUACUGGCUGUCAGAGAUCACAGAAAAUGCAACCAUUCACAUAAAUUUGGCAUAUGCUGGAUUGCAGGUGGGAUUUUCAAUUCUUAGUGUUAUUUAUGACCAAGAAAAACGAUUCAAGAAGAAAGCGUCCAUCAAUAUUGCUGACUUCUUCAAUGUUAGCCUUGAUUAAUUAUGUUACAUCAAAUUAAUUUCAUAGGGCAGUUUGUUGGUCAUAACCCAGCCCUUAAACCAAAUUAAAUGUAAAUAAGGGACUAGUAUAUAUUUUUUAAUACUAUGCUAGGUGUUCUACAUCGUCUUGACUUUCUAUGGACCUGUACCUGGAGUAAUAAAGAUUGAGCGAUCAGUGGACCGCGGACAUACCUACGAGUCCUGGCAGUAUUUUGCUGAGGAUUGUGUGACCUCAUUUGAUUUACAAAACAAUGGUCCAUUGACACAACCUGACUCUGUGAACUGCGUCCAAUACAUAAAGUAAGUUGUCGUUUCUCAUUAACAAUAGCAUUAUUGAUUCAGGAAAAAAUGAAGCAAGUUUCUGGCCUUUAUUGAUAGAUUGCAGUUAAACUGGACUUGGAACUUGUUUGAAGAAUUGUGGGAAAAUGUUUGGUUCAAGUUGUUACCUUGUAGUAAUGAUUGUUUUAUUUCAGACCCUUGCAGUUCAGUCAAGAAGUGUUGACCUUUCAGACAGAAUAUCCACCGCCUCCAGGCUCCAACAUUCCAGUGCGACCGUUUGGUUCCGGAUGCGGUAAUCUUUACUGCUCAGACAGACUGUUGCAGUUCUUAAAAGCUACUCAUAUCAAGUUUAACUUUUACAAUCAUACUUUGGUACAGAAUCCUCUGCACCGGUACUAUGGCCUGGAAAGAAUUCUUGUCACUGGAAGGUUAGCAAAUUCACGUGUAUUCAAUGCUGAAAAAUCUCUUUAUUACGCCAGAGUACGCUGCAACACAGUUCAAUUAAGUCUCUAUGAACCUGAGAACGUCCUCUUUCAGUAAAGGCACUUUAUGUAACUGUAGUUGACUGCAGUUGACUAAAUUAGGCAAGGUCAAUAGCCACUGGUCAGUUAAUUUACGUACAUGCACUUACUGUUACAUUCUGAUAUUGUAUUUUGUAGGUGUGAAUGUUUCGGUCAUGCAUCAUCCUUCAGCUAUAUUGAAGGGAACUCCACGCACAUUGGACGAUGUAUUUGUGACUGUCAUCCAUCCACUAACACGGAGGGAGAAACUGUAAGAACAUUUUGAAGAGCAAAGAUGUAUUCGUUUUCUAAUGUAAUGUCUCUGGAAAAAAUGGUUUGCUUCAUUUGUGUAAUUUACAUUCAGUUUUUUCUGAAAAAACUGUCUUAUGGGCGAACAAGUACAGUUAUUGUCUGAAACGAAGCUCUGUUUUUAUUUAACACGACCUGGCACAAAAUAUUAUUCUCUAUGGUUUCAGACCACUGUAAACAAUUUGCCAAACAGUGUUAAUCAUUGGAUUGUCAUUGGUAAGUUGAAUUGUUUCAGAUGUAAUUUUUCUAUAACAUGUGUUGCCAUUUUUUUCCAUGUCAGUGCAAUCGUUGCAAGCCCCUAUACAAUGACAAACCAUUUAGAAGAGGUGAACAUGAUGACUCAUACCCCUGUGUCAAGUGCAAGUGUAAUGAUCAUGCCAACAGUUGUGUUUAUAAUCAAACUCUGGACACCAGCCCUGACUCACGUACCCAGGGGGGAGGAGGUGUGUGUAUAGACUGUCAACACAACACUACUGGCCGUUUUUGUAAUCUGUGCAAGGAGAGAUUCUACAGGGAGUCUGGAAAGAGUCUAAAGUCACCGGAUGUGUGUUCGCCUUGUGGAUGUGAGGGGCUUGGGGUAGAGCCUGGAGAGUUGGAUUGUGUCAAGGUUUGUAAUGAUUACUUUGUGUGUUGCUCAUCGGAGAGAGUGCUGUGCUUCAUAAGCAGGAGUCACUGAAACAAGCUUUCAGCAGAAAUUAUAGUUUGCAACUAUUCACCGAAUUGGAGGUGAAUAGUUGUUUUAGUAUGUACUAAAACAGUGACAUGAUAAAGCACUCAUUUAUUCCUACAGUUGUUACAAUGAUACCUAUCGAUUGCUGAAUGUAAGGGUCUUUUAAUUUCUUUGACAGUAUUGAAGAUAUAUUUCCCUAAACCAUUUUUUCAAUGGAUAGGAAGCUUCCAACUCAAGUGUAGUGGCUGGACAGUGCGUUUGUAAAGACAACACUAAAGGCCGUCAAUGUGAUGAGUGUAAAGAUGGAUUUUAUGAUCUCAAAGCUAGCCAUGCAACCGGUUGCAUUUCAUGUGGCUGUCUUCUUAAUGGCACCAUAAAUCGAAAUAUUUCAUGUCACCCAGAAUCCGGACAGUGUUACUGCAAAGACCGAGUGACAGGAAGAAAUUGCGACACCUGUAAGACAGGGUACUGGGGUCUGUCAGAGAGCAAUCCACAGGGAUGUACACAGUGUGCAUGUAACACUAAUGGAACUGUGGGAGGGUCGGGUGAAUGUGAACAGCAAUCUGGAAACUGUACUUGUAAGCCGUUGGUGAUUGGUCAGACUUGCAACCAAUGUAAGCCGGGCACAUUUGGCUUCAACCAAUCAGAUACUAACGGAUGUCAACCGUGUAACUGUUUUCCCAACGGAACAAUAGAUGGAGACAGAAAGAGACCAGGUAACCUUAGUAUACUUUUUAGAUGUUUUUAUUUUUAUCACAAGUCAGAGCAAUACAUGCUUAUCUCUUUGUUGGUGAAGUGGGAGCAAAGUGAAUGAAGGAAAUUUUGUUAUGAAGCAGAAAAUCAGGCUGUUGAGUGAUCCAAUGUACAAAUGUUGAUGGCGGAAAUUUGUUAGAUUUUCAUUCUAUUCAGAACCAAUUAAAACAUAAUGGAAAGACGAUUACCUCUUGCAGUGGCUCUCCCCACGUAGGAGAAUAAACGAAUACUGACGGAAAGUCAGACAAACCUGACCUAACUUAAACCCCUUUUAAGACGAAUCUUUGUUAGCCAUUUGUCAGAAUGUGUAUUGUUAAAAACAUUUUUUAACACAUUCUUGGUUCGUUUAUCACGUGUCUUCUAAGCUUCUUGACAUUUACUUUUCAGUUCUUAUGUAUUUAAAUAUUUAAGACUACCUUUAUUGGAAAUACAUUAUAUGAUCUUUACCUGUCACUUAAUCGCAACACAACUGAUUCAGUAAGUUCUAAAGAAACAUUACGCAAUGCAUCAGAUGGUGCGUAAUGUUGCUUUUAGUCUUGCUAUUUCUGAAAACCGGAGGUUUUCAGCUGGUGUGGUCUAGGAAAAUGUUACAGUGGAUGACCCUUUUUUUAAGAAAUAGAUUGCUAUUUAUUCCAAUCAGUGGUAAGUGUUGUUGACAAACUCUUGACCUAUCAGUGACAACUCUCUUCGCAACAAAGAAGUCUUACACCAGAUAUUUAUCAAUAUUUAUCGAUAAAUUCCUGUCGGACUAAAAUCGCAUUUCGUGACAGACACGUAUGUAGUGUACAACUCUGACUUACACUUGUUCAUUUACGUUUGCUCUUCCUCUCCAGAUGAACUCCAAUGUUCGAGCAAUAAUGGACAGUGCUUCUGUUUGUCCAGUGUGUCUGGGCUGCGCUGUGACUCCUGUGCAGGACAGUGUUACUGCAAAGAUAGGGUGACAGGGAGAACAUGUAACACAUGUAAGGCAGGGUUCUGGGGUCUGUCUGGGCAUGAACCUUUAGGCUGUAAGACAUGUGACUGUGAUCCGUUCGGAACAACAGCUGGGAAUGAAAACGCUUGUAACUCAGUAACAGGGCAGUGCUCUUGCAAAGCUGGAGUGAUUGGGCGCAAAUGUGAUCAGUGUAAAGAUGGUUUCCACAGCCUUACACCAAAUGGUUGUCCAUCAUGCAACUGCUCUAUUGCUGGUACGCCAUCAUCGCUUUUGGAUCAGUGCGACAAAACUACUGGUGAAUGUACCUGUAAGCUCAAUGUGGAAGGCAAAAACUGUGACCAGUGCAAACAGGGAUUCUACAAUCUGUCACAGAGCAAUCCACAGGGGUGUACACAGUGUGUUUGUGACACUAAAGGAACUGUGGGAGGGUCAGGUCAAUGUGAACAGCAAUCUGGAAACUGUACUUGUAAGCCAUUGGUGAUUGGUCAGACAUGCAACCAAUGUAAGCCGGGAACGUUUGGUCUUAACCAAUCAGAUCCUAACGGAUGUCAACCAUGUAACUGUUAUCCCAAGGGAACCAUAGAUGGUGACAAAAAGAAUCCAGGUCAGUCAAAGUCAGUUUGCACACUCUUCAUACUGUUCUCUAUACAUUUUCUGAGGUGCUGAGAAGGAGAAUUUGUCAAACAAUCAAGAGUUUCUUUUGUUAGUGAUGAUUCCCUUCACUAACUGUUUAAUACAGGAGUGAUAUUGUAGAGAGAAUCUAGAUGCUAGUCACUCUUAGGGGUUAAAGUGUUGAUUGAUUUAUCGUACGUUGAACGGAAAAACCUUCAAAGUUAUUGAUGACAGUUCUCCUCUUUACAAAGUGUUAUUCUUCUAGAUAUUGACCAAUAUUUACCAACCAAUUCCUGUUAGCCCGAGUUGCUUCUCGGGGGAAACUUGUGUGUAAUAAUCAACUUCGAUUUAUACUUGCUCAUUUACAUUCGCUCUUCCUCUCCAGAUGAACUCCAAUGUUCGAGCAAUAAUGGACAGUGCUUCUGUUUGUCCAGUGUGUCUGGGCUGCGCUGUGACUCCUGUGCAGCGGAAUACUUCUGGAAUCCAGCAGGACAGGGCUGUGUCCAGUGCCAGUGUAACACAACCGGGUCUGUUGGGAAAAACUGCAAUGAUACUGGCCAGUGUACCUGUAAGGCAAACAUUGGUGGACGGCGGUGUGAUAGAUGUGUAAAUGGUUUUUACGGCUUCACAACAACACGGAGGUGAGAAGAAUAUUUAUCUUUGACAACUGAACACAAUGUAAUUCAGCCCAUUUACCCUUUCACUUAGUUGCUAACUCAAUGAUAUUCUGUUCGUUACACCCUCAGCUGUAUUCCUUGUAACUGUAAUGUGGCUGGCAGUCUUACCAAUCAAUGUGAUGAAACUGGACAGUGUACAUGCAAAGUUAAUGUCGAAGGGAAACAGUGUGACAAGUGUAAAAACGGAACCAUAAAUCUUCAACAGAACAACAAUUAUGGCUGCAGUGGAGGUAACUGAAAUUUAUAGCCUCAAAAGAAGGCUAAAAUUAUCAAGAAGAGCCUUGUUUUAAUGCACUAUAAAGUGCGUUUCGUAUGAGUGUCGUAAAAUCCAUAUUGAGAUCAUCACAACGACCAAAAGGGAGAAAACAUAGAUAUAAAUAGGACCCAAUAAGAAGCCAUAGUAGAAACAAGAAUGCUGUCUGAUGUGGCGGAAAAAGCGAGUAACCAAAACGCGACAGGUUUUAGUUUUGCAUCUGAUUGUUUAAGAGCUUUGCACCAGCGCGUUGUAAAGCAAAUGUGUUACAAUUCGGGCACUCAGUUGAAAAUGAUUUAGAGCCUCCUUUAUUCAACGUUUCAAUGUUGGAUUUGUUACUCUCAUCCAUCAUUUAAACAGUGGAAGAAAAAUGCACAGGAAUAAGCAAGCGUAAACAGUUGAAACUCAAGCUUGUUCAUCCUCUACAAGGGUCUUAAUAGGUUGACUUUUGUUUCCUCAUCGUAAAAAAAGGCAGUACAUAUUUUCCUCCGCCAGCGCCUUUUGGUUUUAUUCCCAGUCGUGGAAAUUAUUGCAUAUUUUCCUGCGCAUGGAAUGUUCUGCAUACUUUUGACUCACUCGGUAUAUGCUGUAUUUUUGUCAUGUUAAGCGUGUUCUCCUUUAGUUUCAGUCCCAUCUGAGCAACCCGCACCGUUUGUAACAGUUCUCUCGUCCCGUGCAAUAAUGUUAACAUGGUUUCCACCAGACAAUCCUAACGGCAUCAUCCUGCGUUAUGAGAUGUACAGAAAUGAUACCCUGGCCUACACUGGACUGAACCGGAAAUUCAAUGACACUGGUCUCACUCCUGAUACCGUCUACUAUUAUUACAUCAUUACCUACACUGAAUCUGGUCAGACUAGAAGUUUAGACGACGGAUACGUGUACCGCACCUUCCAAGACGCACCACGUGGAAUUUCUGCACCGGUCAUCACAGAUAUUCUACCCAGGAAUGCAACUGUUUCAUGGCAACCUCCCAACAUGCCAAAUGGUCGUGUCACCGAAUAUCGGCUGAUAUCUAUCAAUAGCCGAAGUUCAGUUGAAGUUGUAAACUGUCGAGGUGUUAUUUUCAUGUGUGAGUUGGGGAAUCUUAAACCAUACACUGUGUACAAUUUCUCAGUGGUGGCUUGCACCAAUGGUGGAUGCGCUCGUAGUAACGUUACAACCAUCCUGACGCUGCCAACACUUCCGGAUUUCCAGCCGGCACCAAAUGUGACGUCACUUCCGGGAGGCACUGCAGUGAGGGUAGAAUGGGACAAGCCAACCGAGCCGAACGGUAGAAUUCUUCGUUAUGAGCUGUACAUGCGCCUAGACGAAGACACAAGCGACGGAGUCUUGAAGUUCAACAGCAAUUCUGCCCAUGACCCGAACAUUAUCAUCUUCAGAGAAGCGAACGUGACAGGACUGGUUUCAUUCACGGUAUAUGAGUUUAGGGUGCGAACAUUUGUUGCGCAAGUCAUGGGAGACCGAGUUAGUAAUUGGACAAGGCAUAGGACUGGCGAAGGAAGUAAGUUAUUUCAAUAAAUAAACAACAGAUAUGGAGUGCUAAAAAAGAACUAAAGCGCUUCAGACUUUGAUCAAUCAAGUACCUGUCGUUAAUGAGAUCGCUAGAUACAAGAAAAACUGAAACAUUCUAGAAUUAUUGAAUAAUAAAAAGAGUGAAAAGUGAUGUGGGGACGUGUGCCAAGUGGCAUCUGUCAAGUUUCUUAUGCAGCUAGUUAACUGAUUCUUUAAGAGCCAAGAGUCUUCCUUAAGGACGUAACUUAACAUGUACUGAUACCUGACUAGAGCCGGGGGAAGCCCAGACCUCUCAUUUCGAGCUCCAGCGCGCUAACAGCGUCUUCCAAUUUUUGGAUGAAAACAGUAGACUUUCUGUACAGUUUCCGGUUCAUAUGUACAUAUGCUACAUUUGAGGAUAGGAAUCUUUGUCUUGUUUUCACUUAAAUCUAGUUGAGAGAUGUUUUGUUUAUAAGAUGUUAGACGGCCUCCGUGUGGUGUUAGGGAAAUACUAAAAAUACCCUCAAAAAGGAAUGGAAAUGUAUGUGUUUACACAUAUGCUGUACAUGCUAUGACGAAGAUGUUUUUAAUGGUUUUCAAUUCUUAUUCAGCUCCACUCGGCGAAAAUACCAUGAACACUGGUGUUCAUUUCUUUAACAGUACUGCUGUAAUAGUUUCCUGGAGUCCUCCCCAGAUCCCCCAGGGAGUCAUUAGUCGCUACGUCAUUUACAAGUGCCAGCCUCCCUCUAGCUCAGUUGCCGUGAUAGCUGUGGAGUUGCCUGGGUCUGAGCGACAGGCCCUGGUCGCAGGGCUGCGGCCGUACACUCAAUAUAAAUUCACAGUAACAGCAUGUAACAGUUUUGCCUGCUCUGGGCAAAGUCCGCAAGCUCUUGUACGGACAUCAGCGGCAAGUAUGUAGUCUAAAUUUUAAACUUUCAGUGAUACUAUCUCCGGGAAAUUCAAUACUUUGGAAAAGGUUUAAUUUUCGAAUGGUGGUUUUGAUUUAUGCUGAAAUAAAAAUUAAACAUUGGUUUGAUUUUUUUAGCUGAAGAUGAGUUUGUUAGAGUUCAUCCCUUUACAAGCCAAGAAUAAACAGUACAUUUUUCCCCAAAAUAAUACGACUAUAUUAAAAGUGUUUCUUACCCGCAAGAUAAAUUUAAGCGUCGUGUAAAGAAUCCGGCCCAACUGUACUGCAAACCCGUGUGACAGUACAGGAAAAUUAAUACAGCUUAGAACCCUAGUGUAUUCGGUAGAGUAAAGCUGAAUGCGGAGUGAGAAACACUUUUCGCCAAUUUCUCCCAAAUUUUGAGGUUUUUGUUGACAUUGGAGUGAAUUUAAACAGAUUUUUCUUCUUUCUGAUUUCUUAGAGCUCACUAAUAGAGUCCCAAAGCGACUACAUCACGUUGCCAUGACGCUGCAAUUUUAUCCUUAUUUUUGAAUCAUAUUUAACAUGACGUCCAUAUUCUUUACUAACAGCGGUGUAUCUGAUUUACUCUCUAACAGCUCCCGAACAACAGGGACCUCCCUCGGUCCUCUCAGUUGAUUCAUCCACGGUGUACCUUAGAUGGCCUCAACCUCAGAUCCCUAACGGCCCAAUACCGCCGAGUUAUAACCUGAGCCGAGCUUACUCAGCCCUGCACUUCCCACCCCCUGUGGUGUCAGAAGGCGUGCAUUAUCCAGGUCUUGGAUUCUACAAGUUUCCUUCAGACUUUGUUCGAGCCGGUGCAAGAAAUGACAUCCAAUUCUGGUUUCGAACCCAGUAUGCGUCAGGUUUGCUUCUCUUUCUGGCUUCAGAUGGCUCACAGACUGACAUGUUAGCAGUUCAAUUAAAGGAUGGAAAGCCAUGGUUAAUAUUCGAUUGUCAAGAUGGCCCUGCUGCCUUUACGAUCAACCAGCCAGUCCGCUUUGACGAUGGCGAGUGGCAUCUGUUGAAGGUGUCACGUGUCAGCCGCCGGGGGACCCUGAAGGUGGACGGUUACCAAGCCAGUCAAAAUAGUCCAGGCGCCGCCACCGUGAUAUCGGCAAACACUGGGGUUUAUAUCGGGGGUCUUCCUUCCUCAUUUACAAUUCUUCGGACGGACACAGGAAAUUCCAAAAUUGACAAGAUCAACUUUAUCGGCUGUAUACGUGGUGUCACUUCAGAACAGGCUGCUUCUGGUUCAAAGCAGCUCGAUUGGACUUCUGCGUUAGAAGCGGUCAGUGUCGAGCCUCAGAGAAAUGGAUGUCCAGAGAGAGACAACAAAAGAGCCUUGUUCCUCAGAGGCGGUGGCUAUGUCGCUAUGGACUCAAAUGUAGCGGACAUUUUUACUAAUAAUAUAUUUAGCUUUACUUUGAAGUUCCGCACUCAGCUUUCAUCAGGGUUGCUUCUGUUUAUGCACGGAUCAACAACCACAUUUUUCAUUCAAUUUUCUGAAAAUCGAGUUGAAACGAAAUACGUCACGUCUAGUGUGCAGGACAAUGUGACAGUUUAUUCGCCAUCUGGUGAAAUUUGUGAUGGAGAAUGGCACAAUAUGACUUUAACUAAUUUCAACAACAGGUUAACUGUCUUCCUCGAUGGUAAAACUGAGGUUGGAACUGGAAUAACUAAUCUAAACAUACAAUCUAGCAUAUUCAUCGGAGGGGUCCCCUGGGGAUCUUCGACCGAAACAGUCGCCCAACAGGCUGGGGCGACUGUGGAGUUAUCUUUUGGUGGUUGCAUAAUUGUUCAGUCUUUGGCAAAAGAGAUCGAUUACAUAACUGCAGUCAAUGCCAUGCAUAAUGCGGACCUUGAUGGCUGCCGCCCUGCGCCCGCAUUAGCAACCAGAGGUCAAAUAGGAAAAUGUUUACCCUUUAAUAGUUCUGUGGUGUAUUCUGGGAAGACUGAGAGAUUUAAUGACUCAUCCGUGGACAUUUUCACCGGUAUGUUGAUUGAUGAAUAGAGUAGUCUUUUUUAAGUUUAGGCUAGUUACUGAUCAAAAAUAUUGUUAUCGCAUCAGCAGGAAAUUAGAAAUGGAAGAAAUGUCGACCCCCGCCAUAAACGAAAAAAAUAAAACAAAACCUAAUGAAAAUUAACUUGUCAUUCGUGAAAAGAAAAUGUACACAUCCUAUCUUUUUUUCUAUCAGAUUACCUGUACCGUGUGGAAAGUUACCAUGAUGGAAGUUCAGGUUCAGCUAAAAGCGAGUGGAUUUUGAAACGUAGUGCGCAAGGAGGUAAGUGGCGUCACAGUAUUUUGUGUAUCCCCGAGUUUUGGGUACCCCCGUACCCAAAACACUGGCGUUCGGGGAAACCCAAUACGCUCAAAGUGAAUUAAAUAGUAGGCUGGGUCAAGUAACAUAGCAACGUUCUUUCAUUUGUCGUGGACAAAUUUUAAUUUAAUUAAAAUUGCUUGCAGAUGUCAAAAAUAUUGUGAUCCAAAGUUAAUUCUCGCGCUUGACAUUGUGGUCGGCGAAGAGAAGUGUUCAUUUGUUGUGAUGUAUCAUAGAAUCGAAGGGGUGAUCAGUCAGCAGUUUCAAGUGAGUUGCUUCUCAUGUAAACAGUUUAGCCGAUCGAUUUAAGACACGCAUGGAAGGAGUGUCGUGACCGGAAGCGAGUUGUGUUACCUUUUUAUGUUACGUGCAUGAACUGAUUGCGAAACGCGUGAUUGUAACAAUAGGCUAUUCAUCUUAAGGAAAAAAUAUAGAAUUACAGACAGAUAAGAUCGUUUUUGGAGGGAGAAUACUACGACGUGUACCCACAAAGUGAGAGCUGUAAAUCGUGAGAAAUAUUAAAUCUGGUGAAAAUCUUCAUACGUGAGAGUUUCCUUUGUCGGCGAGCACCAUUUCCCGACAGGAGGAUUUUUUCACUUGAUGGAAUUUCGCGUCUAAGAAAAUAACCGAAACCUUGUACUUUUUGAUUAACUCUGAUUAUUCAAAACUUUCUGACUUAUUUACCACGUGUGCGUGUGUGUGGGAAAUUUUCCUAUAACUUCAGGAUCACGGAUCAGAUCUCUGAUCGGAUCACGGAUCGGAUCACGGAUCGAAAAAAAGAAGAAAAAGUUUUGAAAAAUAGAAAAGUCAAAUCGUUUAUAAAAUAUAAUGCAUUAAAAAUAAGAGAGAAAAAAGACUAAAAUAUGUGAGACAAUUCAGAUAUAUAGAGAAUAGUACCCGAGUCCGCGUACAUAUGGUAGUUCUUUUCGAGUGUUCAACUCGAUAACUUACGAGUGAGCGCAGCGAACGAUUGAGACGUCGAGUCGAUCACGUUUUGUCCACGCCGUUUCGUGCGUGUCUCAAAUCGAUGGGCUAAAUUAACUGUUUACAUGCGAAGCAACUUACUUGAAACUGCUGACUGUAUAGCUCUUUCCAAGGUGCUUCACGACAAAUGACUGAACACUUUUCUUCGUCAACCACAAUCUCAAGUGCGGUAUCCCCAGAGGGGAUACCCAAAACACUAGUGUUUAGGGUACGCGGAUACCCAAAACUCGGGGAUACCCAAAACAAUGUGAUAGCGGAAAAAUUGCCAUUCGUAAUUUUCCUGGACAAAUAAAACACUUGUACCUUACGGAACUUUAUUCGGCAAACUUUGAAGUUAAUUGGAAGAGAUGUAGGGGUGUACACUGUCUUGAAUAAGCAUCUCAUCCAUUAAGCAAGAGGUGACAUUGCUCUUAUUUGCUCUGUGCUGCAGAAACUGGGUUCUAGUCUGAAAGUGCAUCAGUUCAAGAAAGACGAGAAGUCAUCAAUCAAACAAACUGUGCACUUAUGAACCACCGAACAAACAAGAAACAAGAAUAUAUUUCUGUAUUUUAGCCAGUGAUAAACCUCUACCUAAAAUCACCUUACUAUUGCAGCUCAUUUAAUGUCCCUGAACUCAAAAAGCAUGAACAGCUCAUGGUCUCCUGGUUGUAAUAUUUCAAUAUCAGUUUAAUUGAGUGUCGUAAAAGCAAGAACAAACUAAUUGCAACAGCCAGUCGGACUAAAUUAAGAAAAAUUCCUUAACAAACUAAUGAGAAUCCAAAUAAAAAUAUAUGAAGACUGCCUGAAGCGUGAGAAUGAAUGCGAAACGAAAUGAUGAUUUUUUUUCGGUUUUACUUCUGAUUGGUUGAGAGGGUGGUGCGAGUUUUCUGGACCAAUCACAGAGCGAAGUGUCCCGGAUUACUUUCGAUACUAAGUUGAAAAUCGCAUUAAUUUGACAGUUGAUAAAAUCAAAAAUGAAGUAGACAACAAGAGCAGUUCAUACAAGUGUAAUUAACACUUCAAUCUCUGGUCUUCAACCCUAUACCACCUAUGAAAUCAGAAUUCAGGCCUCUACGGUCGGGGGAAGUUCAGUGGGGCCGGUAAAAAUGUCACGACCGAAGAAGCAGGGUUUUUUUUGUUUUUUUGUCUGUGUGUUUGUUUUUUUGCCAUGUCUGACAAUCCACGAUAAUUUCCUACUUGCAGUUUUUAGCGAGAAUUUUCCCUACCCUUAACCAAAACUUUACCAACUGUAUUUUCCUCUUAGUUCCAGAGAAUGUCCGAGGCCUUACCGCUGUCCGACGUUCCAAAGAGCUUGAGGUGCACUGGACCGAGCCCGGACGCCCUAAUGGUGUUAUUAUCCAAUACAAUCUGACCCUGGAUGGACAAUUGGUGUUCAGCGGAACAGACAACAACUUCACAAUACGGAACUUACAGGUCUAUACAGAAUACCUCUUACAGCUGACAGCGUGCACAAGAAUCGGCUGCGCUCAAGGACCGGAAGUCCGUUUAAGAACUGGGGAACUACCCCCGGAGGGAGUCUAUACACCAGUGGCUUUUGUGCGUGGUACAACGGAGGUUGAAGUAAACUGGCGGUACCCUAAUAUUACAAAUGGGGUAAUUGUACGUUAUGAAAUACUAUUUGCAACCUGUGAAAUUUUAGACGCAUACGUUUCAAAAUUUAACGCCACCCCUGAUGUGUUCAGCACAAUUAUUUCAAAUCUCACGGCAGGGACAUUGUAUUACGUUCGUGUGCGCCCCUUCAGUGGAGGUGGCGGGACAUUUAGUGGAGCAGCUCAGGUAACGACACACGAGGAUGUCCCUGAUGAUAUCCCAGCACCUCUUGUAAUUGCUCUCAGUCCAUAUGCUCUAUUUGUAAUUAUGUUGCCACCGGGAAAACCGAACGGUGUCAUCUUAAACUAUGAAUUGUACCAAGAUGCGGUUUCAGAGCGUGUGUUGAAUGAAUCACAGCUUACGAAUUACACAGCGGUUCAAUUAAAACCUUACAGCCUUCACACUUUCCGCGUUCGAGCUUGCACUGCACAAGGGUGUGCUUAUGGAAAAGAAGCUGAGGCUCAUACGAAAGAAAUCACACCGAUUGGAACUGUUACUCUCACUGCCCGUGUCCGCAAUGCUACAGCGGUUGACGCAAACUGGACACGGGUGGCUUUGCCGAACGGAAAGUUGUUUUAUAACUUAAUGUUGUAUGGAAAAUUCGUCAUCUUCGACUCGGCUAACUUGAGAACUGAGGAUCGUAUUGAAACUGCUAUUUCUGUUGAGGAAGCUGAAAAACUGUUCACAUACAAUGGCCAUCUUCCAUCCAGUGAUUACAGGCUCUGGGUGAAUGCGUCGAAUUCUGUUGGGUUUAUUCUGAGUAACAAUAUUACUGUGUCCACCCCUGAAGGAGGUAAGUGA